GAUGGAUGAUGUGACAUUGACAUAUUAUUUUUAGUAGGAAAAACGUCAAAAAAAUUGUCAAAUUAUAUAAAGUGUAGAUAUUCGUAUUUCCAUCUUUAGGUCACCGUAAUGAAAUUAACAGCCGUUCUGUGCCGUGUGCCUGUAAUCAGGUUCCGAAAAGGCAACGCCGGCAAGCCCGCGGGUCCGCCCGCUGGCGGGGGCAGCUGUCCCGUCGGGUCUUCGCCAGCCGCUGGACCUGCCGCCGCUGCUCAACCAGCAGCUGCAAUGAGUACAUCCACUAUUCCCGAUAUUGACCUGCCAGCUCGCUACCGAAGGGCACCUCUUAGUGAUGAAGAGAUUGCUUACAUCAAUGGAGGAGGAAUAAGAUCCACCAGCAAAGAAAAAAAAGUAGAUAAAGAACUUCCAAAAGCUGUAGCAGUCCUCAAAAUUCCGCGUGGUGUUCUAGUGGAAUCUGGAUCAAAAUCCAGAAAACAGCAACAAGAAUUCUCUUUAAACAUAAUUUUACAAAAAACUGUAAAGCAAAGUAGUAAAAAGCUGUAAUGUAAAUCUUUUAUUAUAAAAAUAUAGAAAAAUAUUAUCUA